AUGUGUCAAGUUUCUUUUAUUUGCAUUCAUUUAAGGCAUAGUUGUGUAGUUGCACUUGUGUUGAUUUUCUUUUGUCUUAUUUUUAUUCUCUUUUUUUUGCUGUGGAGUUUUCCAGUCUUCCCACGCCACGAAAGGAAAACAUGCACCCCCACGACUUUAUAUAAUCAACGCCAAUUAUGCAGAGCGUCCAGGUUCAUGAGAGCGUCUUUUGGAAUUCUAUACUCCUGCAGAUACAGCUGGCAUUUGGUGGCUUCGAAUCUUUGCCUUUCUCACCCACCGAUGCCCAUCCACUUCGCACGAGAGUUGCAGUCGAAAUGCACCUCUUAUAUGCUCACUCAAUUAUGA